CCCUCCGGUAUAAAACCAACCAGCUGUGUGACUGAUAGCAACAGUGGGUUUUUCUUGUUUCACACACACCAGACUGAGAUUUGAGACUCUCCCUGUUUUGGGGCAAAGAUGGACGCUGUAAUGGACGCCAUGCAGGGGUUUGGGGUGAGCACCACCCGCUACCUGCAGACCAACUAUCAGGACGCCCAGGGUUUGUUUCUCUGGGUCUCCUGGGCGGCCGACCUCAGGAACACCUUCUUCAUCUUCUUCCCACUUUGGUUCCACCUGCGGUCCUCGGUGGCCGUCAAGCUCAUCUGGGUGGCCGUGAUCGGAGACUGGCUCAACCUGGUGUUCAAAUGGAUUCUGUUUGGGGAGAGGCCAUACUGGUGGGUCCACGAGACGGCUCAUUAUGCAAACACAGUCCGUCCUCACAUCGAGCAGUACCCCAUGACCUGUGAGACCGGCCCAGGCAGCCCCUCGGGUCACGCCAUGGGCGCGGCGGGCGUCUACUACACCCUGGUGACCUCCAUCCUCGCCAUCAUGACCAGCAAGAAGAAAUUUGGGGGCAAGAAACCCACCAACAGGGAGCGGUAUCUGAAGGUGGCUUUGUGGACGCUGUUUGGGGGCGUCCAGGUGUGUGUGUGUCUCUCCAGAGUUUUCAUCGCCGCACACUUCCCCCACCAGGUUAUCGCCGGGGUCAUCUCAGGUAUGAUCGUGGCGGAGGCCUUCAACAGAACUCAGUGGAUAUACAACGCCAGCAUGAAGAAAUACUUCUACACGACUCUGUUCUUGACCUCCUUCGCUGUGGGCUUCUACCUGCUGCUCAGAGUGGUGGGCGUGGACCUGCUGUGGACUCUGGAGAAAGCCCAGCGGUGGUGUGAUAAGCCGGAGUGGGUCCACCUGGACAGCACGCCCUUCGCCAGCCUGCUGCGUAACAUGGGCACGCUGUUCGGCCUGGGCCUCGGCCUGCACUCGCCCCUCUACACCCAGACCAAGAGGAGCAGCAGCACGCUGGUGAAGGCCUGCUGCAUCCUCAGCUCUCUGUUCCUGCUGCACCUGUUCGACUCCUUCAAACCUCCCACGCACACCGUGCCGCUCUUCUACCUGCUGUCCUUCUGCAAGAGCGCCACCGUGCCGCUGGUCACCGUCAGCAUCAUCCCGUACUGCGUGAACGGAGCUCUGAGCCUGCAGAGCAAAAAGGGAGUCUGAGCACUGAUCAGAUCACACAGACUCAUGAAAUGGAGAAAAAAAAACUUUCCUCUGGUGCCUUUUACAUUCAUAUUUCCAGGAAAAAGGCCUCAAAAAGUGUCACCGGUGGGAUUUUGGACACUGAACUCUGUGACACGAAGUGAAAGCACCAUCCAAAAUAACAGGAGCACCAACACAGACCACUAAUGAAUCCAGCAAAAUCUGAUCAUUCCACUUGGAAAAGGACAAAACGAUGAACGAACCUCAGUUUAAAGACAAUAACAGUCACUCAAAGCGUUCAUGUUGUAUUUCAGCUCUUUAUUAAUAAUGUAUUUUAAAUGUUAAAGAAAGUAUUUUUGGAACUGUUUUGAAUAUUUUUAAUAAAAAAUAUCUUGAAGAUGUAUUAAUGACUUGGUUUAUAUUUUAC